UAUUUUGCUGCUUUCAGUUGAAGCAUGCUUCCAUAUGACCUAUAAGGUACAGUGCAAACAUUGCACAAUAACUCAUCAUCAUGUUUUGUGAACUUUGCGCGGCGGCGAUCAUCGGGUUUCUCUGCUGGAAUCUGCUGCAAGACUCAGACUACGUGUUACGAUUUUACGAGGCAUUCGGCAAAUCUGAUGAAAAUUUGCGGGGCAAAGUGGCAUGGAUCACGGGAGCUGGAAGCGGAAUCGGGAAAGCACUGGCUUUGCACUGGGCCUCGAAAUCCGUUCGUUUGGUCCUCACUGAUCUCAAUUCAGACUCACUAGAAAAGGUGAAAUCCACGAUCGGUGCCAUGAAAUCCCCGCACACAGGCAUCGAGGAUGUUCUUCUUCUUUGCACUGGGCCUCGAAAUCCGUUCGUGAAAUCCACGAUCGGUGCCAUGAAAUCCCCGCACACAGGCAUUGAGGAUGUUCUUCUCCUUUCCGGGGAUGUGACAGUGAGAGAGAAUCAUUCGAAAUGGUUCAACAGUGUGAUGAACAAGUUUGGUACCUUGGACAUCUUGGUCAACAACGCCGGACGUGUCGUUCAAGGAGAUUUCUCCACUGUGGCAUUUGAUAUCGACGAGGCGUUGAUGAAUGUGAACACAAUGGCACCAGUCGGCUUGACUAAGGAAGUGCUGCCUCAUUUUAUAAAAAAGAAGAGCGGCCAUAUUGUGACCACCAGUAGUAUUCUUGGCCAUCUGGUCAUCCCAAAUGUUUCUGCAUAUUGUGCCUCAAAAGCUGCCGUCCUGUUGACAGGGGAUUUCCCAAAAAUCUUGAACCCGAUGGGACCCCGUCGUUGUGCGAAAUUGAUCACAGUCGCUGUUGUGAAUCAAGUAUCCGAAGCGUGGAUCUCGACUCAACCCCUUCUCGGUAUCCUUCGCAUUUCCAUGAUAAUACCGGCAUGGAUUUUUGAUUGGUGCGGACGAAUGGGAUUCAAACUCUCUGUAUGGGCGAAGAAAAAGGGAAUCAUUUGA